AGUGAGACGCGCAACUGUCACGACCCCCACUUCCGGCAGCGCGCUCCCGGAUAGAUGAGGGGGCGUGAGCAUGCACAAGCUACGUGCACGAGUGGUCAGCGUGCUCAUACUCCUCGGAUGUUGACAACCGUGACAUUAUUUACUGUGGACACAUGCGUUUGUUUUGUUUCUGUUCCGGAGUAUUCUGUCACGUCGCGAGACGUAAGGGAGUAGAGUACGGAAGCAGGGUUGCAGGGAGCCUGGAGCCUGUCCCAAGGCCUAUCCCGUGGUGCCAACCCAUCGAACAGGGUGUAGGGGCAGCUAUGGUACUGAAGGUGGCACCAUAUCACAGGUUGAGCUCUUCAGGUUUUAUGCACAUGCGUGUCUGUUCCUAUGGACUCUGUGUGUGUAGAUCACCUAUCUCUCUCAUACACAGACACACAAUCACACUGUCUCCUCUCUUCCUUGCACUCUUGUUUGAUUUUUCUAUGCAUAGCUUAUGCAAGACUGCAUUGCCAGCAAUUAAGGUACAACAGGCUGUAUUUUGCUCUGCUUUCCUCUUCCCUCUGCAUCCCACCCUCCUCUCUCAUCUCUUUCUGCCGCUCACGGCUGGAGGAUGGCGAUGGUCUGGGUGAACACUAAGAAGGGGGUUGUGCAAGAGCUACUGCGUAGACUGAGCUAUAUCAGUCAUAACAUUGAUGAGAUUAUGCAAAAGGAGACAAGUCCAAUCUGUGCUGCUGACAUUAUCACUGAACUGAAGAAGAAGUUUGCCUUCCUGUCGGGUGGCAGAGGGCAGGAUGGCAGUCCUAUCAUUAUCUUCCCAGAAUUCACAUCAUUUGGUGAGAUCAGUGAUCAAGAGUUUCACAAUGUUCUCACCUAUCUGACAAGUGUUCCCAGUUUGAGUGCAGCAGGGGUGGGCUUCAUCUUAGUGAUUGACAGGCGCCAGGAUCGCUGGACAUGUGUGAAAGGGACAUUACUCCGUAUCUCGAGUGGCUUCCCAGGAAACCUACGGCUGGUCCUGGUGCUGCGGCCCCACACACUCCUCCAGCGCACUCUUUCAGACAUUUUCUUCAAAUUCCAUGGAGACGAUUUCAAGAUGAAAGUGCCGGUUAUCAUGCUGAGCUCAGUGGCUGAGUUACAUUCGUAUAUAGAGCGAAGUCAGCUGACCCAAGAACUAGGUGGCACUCAGCAAUAUUGCCAUAACACCUGGAUCUCCCACCGCACAGACAUAGAAGGCUUUGCUGUCUUAGUAAAGAGGAUGACACAAAGACUGCAGGUGUUUGGUAGGGAGCUGGCAGAGACUGAGCUACCAGACACUACUCUAGCAACCAGCAAUCUGCUGAAAACACACAGCAGCAAGAAAGAUAGCAUGAAGGAGGAGCUGGCGGGAGCUCUGGGACAAGGGCGUAAGAUCUUGGGGAACAUCCGUGAACCAGUGCGCAGGGACCCAGACGGCAGUCUGAACCCAGACCAGCUGGAGAACUUGGCCACUGUGCAUAGGCUAUUGUCUCAGUUAAAUGAGUGUUCGACAGCAUUUGAUGAUUUCUGGCUACAGCAUCAGAAUAAGAUGGAACAGUGCUUGCAACUCUGUCAAUUUGAGCACAACUUUCAGGAGGUGACAGCAGAGCUGAAGCUAGUGACUGAUAGACUGGCUGCUUUCUCACAUGUAGGAAUAAGCCAAACCUACACAGAACAUCUCCUCAUAGAACUGACUGACCAGGAAGACAAAUCCUUUGAACUUCUGGACAGGAUGGAAGCACUGAUUAUUGAAGGCCAACAUUUCACUGACAGCUGUGAAAAUAGUAAUGAUAAUGUCAAGAUGAAGUGUGCUGACCUGCAAAAUGCCAAAGAGAAUCUCUUACAGAAGUUCAAAACCAAGAGAUGUCUGCUGCUACAGGCCAUCGAGCUCCAUCAGAAAUUGCAGAGUUUAUGUAAAUGGUCUGAUGAUGGUAUUUAUAUACUGGCAUCUCAGCAGCUUGACAAGUGUCAGUCACAGGAGGGGGCGGAGUCUGCACUGCAGGAGCUGGAGGGCUACAUGGAGACAGGCAAUGAGCUACAGCAGUGGGAUGUAUGUGUGUUCUGCAGAGAGUAUGAAAGUGUGUUAAGCAAAGAGCUGAAGGAACAAGUAGAGCGAGUGUUUGAAAAGAGGGUUUUGCUACAGGAGAUGUUUCAGAAACGGAGGGUCAGUCUCAAGAAGCUAGCAGCCAAACAGACACGCCCAGUCCAGCCUGUAGCCCCUACGCCUGAAGCCAUUAAAUCACCUCCUUCCUCACCAGAUCUUAGAGACUGUGGGAAGAGCCAUGCUAGUAUAGACCCCCAGAGUGACUUUAAUGAAGUAUCUUCUGAGCAAAAUACUGGAGGCAGCCGUACUGUCUCAGUGUCGGACGAGGAGGAAAACCUGGCUGUACUCCGCAGGCAUGUAAUGAAUGAGCUGCUGGAAACAGAAAGAGCAUAUGUAGAAGAACUUCUGUGUGUUCUACAGGGCUAUGCUGCUGAGAUGGACAACCCUGCCAUGGCAUCCAUCAUUCCUGCUGCCCUGCAGAACAAAAAGAAUGUGCUGUUCGGUAACAUGCAGGAGAUCUACUUCUUCCACAAAACGAUAUUUCUGAGAGAGUUGGAAACUUACACAGAUCACCCUGAACUUGUGGGCCGCUGUUUUCUUGAGAGGAUGGGAGACCUGCAGAUUUAUGAGAAAUACUGCCAUAAUAAACCUCGAUCUGAGAGCCUGUGGAGACAGUGCUCAGAUUGUGCAUUCUUUCAGGAAUGUCAGAAGAAACUGGAACACAAACUAGGGUUGGACUCUUACCUACUGAAGCCUGUUCAGAGAAUUACUAAAUACCAACUCCUACUGAAGGAGCUGAUUAAGUACAGUAAAGGCUGUGAGGGUGUUGUGGAGCUACAGGCAGCUCUCUCAUCUUUACUGGGGAUCCUGAAGGCAGUCAAUGAUUCAAUGCACCUUAUUGCAAUCAACGGAUAUGAAGGUAACCUUGGUGACCUGGGCCGGCUGCUGAUGCAGGGUUCAUUCAGUGUGUGGGCAGAACAUAAGCGUGGCCAUGUGAAGAUGAUGGAGCUGGCACGUUUCAAACCCAUGCAGAGACAUCUGUUCUUACAUGAGAAAGCUCUGCUCUUCUGUAAGAAACGUGAAGAAAAUGGCGAAGGAUAUGAAAAAGCACCAUCCUACAGCUUCAAACAAGAGCUGAGUAUGAGUGCCAUUGGAAUCACUGAACAUGCCAAAGGAGACAAUAAAAAGUUUGAGAUCUGGUUGAACUCCAGAGAUGAAGUAUACACGGUGCAGGCGGCAUCGGAAGAGAUUAAGACUAUCUGGGUGAGAGAAAUCCGGAAACUUCUAACAGGACAGCUGGAGGCCUGCAGGGAAGCUAGCCAGCAGAAGACUACUGCUCAAUUAAAUGCAGAGGACAAUUCACUUGAAAGACCAAUGAGAGAUGGACUGAGUAAUAUUAACGGAGGAGUUGAGAAACGGAGGACAGAAGAGGAAGGAGGCAAUGAACCUAGCAGUCCAGGUCACAAGAAACCAGAGAGAGCAAUGAGUUCAUUCUCUGGCUCCGACACCAAACCCAAGCGACAGGAUGUCAAAAGUGACCCAACACCCUUAGAAACAGGGUCACACCCCCAUUUAAGUGGAGUCAAGUGGUUAAGUACAUCGAGCCUGUUUCAGAAUCGUAGGAAAGGAUGGAUUAAAGGCUCUGUUUCAUUGGAUCCCUCUGAAGAACAUGUUGGGUAUUUCAUCCAUGAAGAUCAGGUGACCUCUGAGCCAGAAGAGGAACAAGAAAAUAAACUUGACUGUGAGUGCGUGAGUGCUACAGGUGAGGAACCCAAAGCAACAGAAUCAUAGGAUGGACAACCAUAAAAAGGCGAUAGUAAGUGAAAUACGAUCUUUAAAACCUGUUGUUGGAUUUACUCAUAUGGUUUAUGGUUUACAUCCAAUUCCAAAACCAUGGGCAUUAAUAUGGAGCUGGUCCCCCUUUGCUGCUAUAACAGCCUCCACUCUUUGGGGAAGGCUGUGGGGAUGGCAAACCACGUCCAAAAGGGUAUCCUGCAUCAAUACAACAACUGAUAUCAAAACAAUACUUUGAAAAGUAUCAGAUGAAAAAAAAAAAUCAAUUACCCAUCUCAGUCUCCAGUCUUGAUUCAAAGAAGGCAAUGACAAAAUAAAAUGAUUAAAAAAAAAAAAGCAUGAUGAUACUCUCUGUACUAAGGUACUAAAUACCUUUUUCAGGAGACUGUAUUUUAAAGAUAAUUUUGUAAAAUCCAAAUAAGCUUUACAGAUCUUGUUUUUCAUGCUUUUCAUGCUAGAGAGAGUUUGUAUAUAUUGUAACCGUAGUUUUGACAGGUAUAGGUCAAAGGUCAAAAAGAUACACAUUCUAACUCUCUAUAUCUAGAUCAAAGGUCAUGAUCAUAAAAAUAUGAAUAGUUAUGUUAAAUCUGGAUCACAUCCAUUCGUUACCAUACAUGGUGCGGCCAUGUGUUUUUCCGCCCCACACACGUUGCACACAUGGUACAUCUAACACUCUGUGGUAGGUCAUAAUAAUAUAUAUAGUUAUGUUAAAUCUGGUUCACAUCCAAAUCGUGACCAUACAUGGUACGGCCAUAUGUUUUCCCACCCCACACAAGUUGCACACUCAUGUUUUUUCUUUUCACAUAGAAUAUGAAACUCUCUGUGGUAGGUCAUAAAAAUAUGUACAGUCAUGUUAAAUCGGGUUCCCAUGCAUUCCAGACACAUAUGUUCUCAUAACUGGUACGGCCAUGUGUUUUUCCGCCCCACACACGUUGCACACAUGGUACUUCUUUUCACAUAGAAUAUGAAACUCUCUGUGGUAGGUCAUAAUAAUAUAUAUAGUUAUGUUAAAUCUGGUUCACAUCCAUUCGUUACCAUACAUGGUACGGCCAUGUGUUUUUCCGCCCCACACACGUUGCACACAUGGUACAUCUAACACUCUGUGGUAGGUCAUAAUAAUACAUAUAGUUAUGUUAAAUCUGGUUCACAUCCAUUCGUGACAGAAACGUUACCAUACCUGGUACGGCCAUGUGUAUCCCACAUCCAAACAAAAAUAUCACACACACACACACCCACCCCCGCACACCCACACACACACACACACACACACACACACACAAACACACACGUGCACGUACAGACAAACGCAUGCAUACGAACCUGCUUAUAAAAGUCGAGCAUCCCUCUAGGUUUUAUAAUACUCUGUACUUAGAACAACGUGUGCGAUCUUACAACAUGGCUGAUGUUUGUCCUAACGCGCCGAAAAAAGCUCACCCUUUUUUGGGAAGAAUAGAAAAAAUGUUAGAACAUGAAAAGAUUCAAUAUUGGGUAAUGUCAAACGGAUGUACAGCCGGGUUUUUUUUCGAUGCAGAAAAAGGAACCGUUUUGCUUUUCAAGUUCUCGGUCCCGGGACACACAAUCUUUUCCUUUCACGUAGAAUAUGAAGCACUCCGAGUCAGGCCUAGGUCAAAAGGUCAACAACGUAAAACCCCCGUUCUGAUGCAUUCCCGAGCACAAACACACCCCACACACACACACUCGAAUGCAUACGAACCUGUUUAUAAAGUCGAGCACUUCGAAAGUUUUAACAUCGGAAAAGGUUCGACCGAAUUUCCAGAGUCAGUUCUUCACUACUUCGAAAGUUUGAACAUCGGCAAAGUUCAACAGAAUUUCCAGAGUCUAUCCUUCACUACUUCCAGACACCAUGGAUUUCUCGGCAGGUAAAAAAUUGUAUUUUAAUCAAUUAAUAGUUAAAUAUAAAUUGAAAUACAAUGUUUAUGUAAUUAUCCAGUAGGCAAUGAUAUUGAUAUAAACUUAGAACUAAUCAUUCUGAGUACAAAAAUCAUCAUCCUUAUCUGGUCAUUAUGUAAUCUGGUACGAUACUUUAUCUAAAUUGUAAAUAUUCAUUACAUUUAUAUUACAGUGCAAGACCGAGUUAAGCGCAUCUGAUUCUAGUGUAUAGACAGCUUGGUGAUUAUUUCUGAUGAUGAGAUUCCCGAAACAACCACUCAUGACCUUUUGAAUCUGAGUUCCACACAAUUUGAGGGAAACGUGACUAACAGUGAUUAUGACGGAGAUAUUUCAGAUACGAGUGAUGCAAUAGAAGACCAAGAGGAAAUUAUCUCGGAAACCGACAUUCAACAAGACAUCGAACUACAACAGAUUUGCGCAAUGUGGCGUGAAUUCUUCGAAGCAAAGACUGAUUUAUUGGAAAACUUUGGACAGAUUGAUUAUACACUUGAUUCUGGUCGAGGUACAGAUUUUAUCCCUUUACUGUACAGCACGCUUGAAAAUGUGAAUAGAUGUCUCACAGUGAGCAUAAAGUUGAUUAGAAAAUUGUAUGAUAGAUAUGGCGCAGAAGCGACUGAAAUGCAGUUCGGAUAUGGAGACUAAAAAAAAGAGAACCGAAAAUUCUCCAUUAUCACAUGAUUUCUUUUAUGACGGAAACCAGAGUUUUUCAAAUGAUUCGCACACACCCCUGAACCCAUGUUUAACUGAAGCGAUCAACCGGCUGAACGAAAGUUUAAUUCCGUCACACCAAGUCGUUAGUGAGAGACCUAAUCAUAGUCCAAAUCACGUCGUAUCAAACACAACGGUGACGCCGAAUGAUAUAUUUUCUGAAUUAAAUCAAUGUCUGUUAGAGUUACAUAAUAACCUAAAUGAACACGGUCAUUCAGUACAAAUAAACCCUGAUCUAAUCGAUGCAGUCAAUCAGUUGAAUGAAAAUUUAAGAUCGUCAGAACAGAGCAAUACUCAAAAUGAAAACCCCAGUCGAAAUUCCAUUCAAACUGUAUCAAGUACGCCGGUGACAUAUUUUUCGAAUUAAAUCAAUGUCUGUUAGAGCUACAAAAUAACCUAAUUGAACAAAGAGAAUCUAUGCAGAUAAAUCCAUGUUUAAUAGACGUGGUGAAUCAAAUCAAUGAAAAUAUGUCAUUAUCUCCCGUUCAGAAUAUCGUCUCGACUCCAGAAAACGCUCAGGAACCUAGACCGUUAUGUUCUCAUGAUAUGAUACAUGAACUUAAUCAAAGUCUUAUGAGGAUAAAUGACGGUCUUGUUAACUUAAUCGAAAACCCUGACAAUAUUGCACAAAAUUCGGAAAACGAUAAUGAACGCAACCGCCCAAUGGAAAACAUACACUCACCUAAUACCCAAGAUUCUCAAAUGGAAAACAUACAUUCGCCCGAUACCCAAGAUUCUCAAAUGGAAAACUCGCCCGAUAUCCAAGUAGAGCAAGAGGGUGAUGGAUUAGAUCCUAAUAUUAGAAUAAUUAAUCCGGAAAGAUUCAACAACACUGAGAUUAGGAGAAGAGUGAAUUUUUCUUCUAUCGCGAACGUUGACAGCUUUGCAGAUUUUUAUAAUUAUGUUUUAGAGAUUUUAAACAGCGCGAUUGAAAUCGCUAACAAUUUAAUUUCUGCCAAGGAUGUAGUCACCGUUGAAAUUAGAGGUGAUACGAUCAAUGUUUCAUCACGCGUUCAAUUAGACAAUGGUGUCAUCGAUUUAGGUUCUUUUCUGACCAUGCUCGAAAAUGCAAUUCAGAGUAAACGUGAAAUUUUUACCGAUAAUACCCUUGAACUAGUUGUCCAAAUCGUUCGACCACCUCGGGGUGGUGGAAUUAGAAGGAAAAUAGACCAUAUAUUCAAAACAGAAACCCUGCAGAAGAAAAUGCAGCAUCUAUACAUUUUUCACAACAGAGACAACAUGUGCUUCGCCUUGUGUGUUAGCCAACUAUUGAAUCGUGAAAAAAAUGAUUUUGAAACCGAACAAAUCGCUAGAAAAUUACAACACGAUGUGGGAUUAUCGGUAAACACCGCUGUCAGCUUCGCUGACGUACCGAGAUUUGAGAGACAUUUGAAUUGCAAAAUCGUAAUCGUACACUGUUCUGCUAGCAAAGCCGGAUACUCUUUCUUUCAAACUAGCAAGACUCCCCACGAAAAAACCAUUUACUUGUUUUUACAUGACAACCACUAUUACGGGGUUAAAAGUAUCACCGGACUUUUAGGAACGAGUCAUGUUUGUCAUUUCUGCCAUUCGGGGUUUGACGUUUUAUGGAAGCAUAAAUGCGCUUAUAGCUGCAACGUUUGUCACUACCCCGAUUGUUACAAACACCCUAAGAAUGUUACUAAAUGUCCAGAGUGUCAGAGACUGUGUAGCUCCCAAUACUGUUUCGAGAUGCAUAAAGCAAAGAUUCAAUCGCACAAAGGCAAAUAUUCUAUGUGUGAAACGGGAUUCUACUGCGGUAAAUGUAAACGUGUGAUAAGGGAUAAACCUUCUAAUCGUGAGAAUCACGUAUGUGCCCAUUUGAAAUGCAUAUUCUGUGGCCAAAAACUCGAUGAGGAUAUCGAGCAUAGAUGUUUUAUACAGAGGGCCAGGAAAGAAAGCGAAAAUACGGAUUAUGUGUUUUACGAUUUCGAGACUAGGCAGGAAACAGGAACACAUGUAGCUAAUUUCAUAUGCUGUAUUGAUUUUAAGGGAGAGGAGUGGGUGGCUGAAGGGGAUGAUUGCGUCAGUGCCUUCUUUAAAAAGUUUCGGUGUAAUGCAUACCACGGAUACAAGUUUAUAGCCCAUAACGCUAGAGGGUUCGAUUCAUACCUUUUGUUAAACCAUUUAGUGAAAGAAGGAAUCACACCCGAAAUCAUAGCACAAGGCGGUAAAAUUUUGUGUUUCAUCGAUACCGCGUUUCGUCAGUCCUACAUUGAUAGUCUAUCGUUCUUACCCAUGAAAUUGAGUAGCAUCCCAAAAGCCAUGGGUUUUUCGGAAAGCAAGAAAGGCUAUUUUCCCCAUUUCUGGAACACCGUAGAACAUCAGGAUUACGUAGGGCCGUAUCCUGACCCUAAGUUUUACGGUGUAGAUGGCAUGAUGCCUAAGGAUAGAGAAGAAUUCUUUAAGUGGUACAGAACGGUUUCUGACAAAGUCUUUGAUUUCAAGAAAGAGAUGGCGGAAUACUGCGUGAACGAUGUAGAAAUUUUGAGAAAGGGUUGUAUAGCUUUCAGACAAGAAAUUCUGGAUAGUACAAAGGUCGAUCCUUUUAAAUGCAUAACGAUCGCAUCUGUGUGCAUGAAAAUCUUUAGAACCAACUUCCUGCGUAAAGACACUUUAGCUAUUCCGCCUCUUGAUAAUUACAUCGCCACUCAGAAAUCUUUCUCAACACCUUCCAUACAAUGGCUCGAAUAUGUUUCAAAAACGCAAAACCUACCCAUUCGCCACGCGUUGAACGAAGGUGAAGUCAGGUUCGGUACCUAUUACGUAGAUGGUUACUGUGAGGAAGGGGAAAACCGUAAGGUUUUUGAGUUUCUUGGGUGUUUUUAUCACGGCUGUGAAAAGUGUUUUCCCUCAAUGACCCCGCAUCCUCUUACCAAAUCAAACGCAACCUUCGGAGAUAUCCGUCAAAAAUCGAUGGAGAGAAUUAAGAAUUUGCAAGACACUCUCAAUUUGCAAGUCACUCUGAUGUGGGAACACGAGUGGAAUGAAAUGAAGAAAAACGACAAUCUCGUGCAAAAUUUUCUAAAAGACUUUGACUUUCCUGAGCGUUUAAACCCUCGAGAUGCUCUUUACGGCGGUCGAACAAACGCGUUAAACUUGCAUUAUGUAGCUCAACCCGGUGAGAGAAUCGAUUAUUUCGACUUUACCUCGCUUUACCCAUUCGUAAAUAAGACAAAGACAUACCCGAUCGAUCACCCUAUCAUCAUUUAUCGUGACUUUCAACCUCUGAAAUAUUACUUUGGUAUCAUUAGAGCAAAGGUAUUACCACCUAGGGGUCUGUGGGCACCUGUUCUACCAUUUCGUGUAAAAAGCAAACUCCUCUUUCCUCUAUGUAGAACGUGUGCUGAACAUCAGUUAAAACAUUGCGAUCAUACGGCUCAGGAGAGAGCUCUUACCGGAACAUGGGCAUCUAUCGAAAUUGAGAAAGCCGUCGAAAAAGGUUACAAAAUUCUAAAAGUGUUUGAAGUGUGGCACUUUCCUAAAAGGUCUGAUAAGCUUUUUACGAGAUAUAUUAAAAUGUUCCUCAAGACCAAACAGGAAAGUUCAGGUUAUCCGGCCUGGGUCGUUGAUGAAUCAUCUAAACGUGAGUACAUUCGCAAAUAUAAGGAGAACGAAGGGAUUACGUUGGAUCCGAAAUUUAUCACUGUUAAUCCUGCCAAAAGAUCCGUGGCUAAACUUGCACUAAAUUCGUUGUGGGGUAAGAUGUGUCAAAGACCAGACAGAUCAAACACGACCUUAAUUCGUGAUCCUGCCAAGUUUUUACAGUUCAUGUUCUCCGAUAUUUAUAAUGUGAGUCAGUUCUCUUUUUUGAAUGAGGAGGUGGUGAUGGUACAGUGGCGUUACGCAGACGAGAGAUUGAUUAAACCGCUAAACGCUAAUGUAUUCAUCGGCAUUUUCACUACAGCGUACGCUAGGCUUGAGCUGUACAAUUUGAUGGAUCGAUUGGAUCAGCGUUGUUUGUACACAGACACAGAUAGCGUCAUUUUUAAAAGUAAGGAAGGUGACUGGAUGCCACCCUUAAGCGAUUACUUGGGUGGUCUUACCAGCGAACUAGAUGAUGGCGAUCAAAUCGUGGAAUUUGUAAGCGCAGGUCCUAAAACCUACGGUUACAAAACCAUGAAAGGAAAAACAACCAUGAAAGCUAAAGGCAUUACUUUAAAUUGUAUCAAUUCUGAAAUUGUCAAUUUGAAAUCACUAACAGAACUGGUGGACGAGCGAGUGAAAAAUCCGGAUCAUACAGGUCAUCUCGUAACCACGCAUAACCAAAUCGUGAGAGAUAAAAAGGGGUUUCAUUUGAGAAACAAAUCACAGUUGAAAAGGUUCAGGGUUGUGUACGAUAAGCGUGUUUUAUUAUCUGAUUUUACAACUCUCCCUUACGGCUAUUAAGACUAUUCUUGUAUAUAUGUGUAUAUAGUUUCUGUUGAUGUGUUUUGUAAAGGAAAAUAUGAACGUGACUGCUUUUGACGCUAGGAUGCAACUUCCCUUUUCAUGUAUCGUAUGUGGACCGAGUAAUAGUGGAAAAUCUUUUUUUAUCAAAAUGUUGUUGGAAAACUGUAAAGAGGCAAUGUCGGUUGUUCCGGAAAACAUUGUCUGGUGUUAUACGUGUUGGCAGCCUCUGUACGAUGAAUUAUUGACCAGAAUAAAAAUAAAUUUUCUUCAAGGAAUCCCUGAUUCUUUGUGUGAUGACGAACUAUUUCCUCCAAAUAAAAAAAACUUGUUGGUAAUCGAUGACUUGAUGGAAUCCGCCAGUAAAAAUGGCGAAGUAGAAAAGGCUUUUACAAAAUACACACACCACAGAAAUCUGAGCGUCAUCUACCUCGUUCAAAACUUGUUUUUUCAAGGAAAGACCAGUAGAACAAUCAACUUGAACACCAACUACAUGGUUC